AUGGCCGCCGACACCCUCACCAUCGAACAAGAGUACGCCAACCGCGGCGCCUCCCUCCUCGACGCGGAGAAGAAAGCCAUCGCCCUCUUCGACGAAAUCGAGAAGACCCUCGUCCGCUCCGGCGUCCGCGAGAAGCAGCUCAGCGACGAGAUUCACAAGCUCGCCAAGGAGCGGUAUGGCGUCCGCACGCAUUGGCACAAGCGUGUCGUUCGUGCUGGACCAAACACCCUCUCCCCAUUCAAGGAGGACCCGCCGGAUCGAGUGAUCGAGGAGGAUGACAUCCUCUACGUCGACUUGGGCCCGGUGUUCGAGGAGUGGGAGGCGGAUUUUGGACGGACGUUUGUGUUGGGGGAGAAGCCUGAGGCGGCGAAGGUGGCUAUUCGGGAUGCUCUUGAUCCUGUUUGGCACGCCAUCAAAGCCCGCUACGACGCCGACCCCACCAUCACCGGCGAACGCCUCUUCGAGAUCUCUGGCGAAGAAGCCGGCAAGCACGGCUACCAAUGGGGCGCGAACAUCGCCGGCCACAUCGUCGGCUCCUUCCCGCACGAACGCAUCCCGGACGGCAUGACGCAGCUGUAUAUCAUGAACGGCAAUCAUGAGAGUAUGGCGAAGCUGGGCAAGGAUGGGCAUCGGCGGCAUUGGAUUUUGGAGGUUCAUCUUCAGGAUCCGAUUGUGGGGGUUAAGGGGUUUAUGGAGCAGUUGUUGACUGUUUAG